AUGAAGCGACACGCUCUUCCGUCGUCCGUACAUCGGGACACAUCUCCCCCAGAGGAGGACACGGACUCUCUCACAAGCAUCGUCUCCAAGCUCGUCAAGGCGGCCAUGCGCGGCAAGAAGGAUCCAGAUGAUUAUGGCGACGACCUUGACAAGUACGUCGCCGACAUGCUCGUCCGCUCCGAUACCGACAAGAAACAAUCACAGCUCCUACAACGAAUCCAGAAGCAGCAGGAGGAAAUGGUUAACAAGGCCUACCUACCCUCAGGAACAAUCGUCGACCGAGCCAACAGCAACGGGCUAAAGACCAACAAACGCUUUCUAUCUUCGAUUAUCAAGAGCACUGACGACCAUAAUCAGGCGCUUAUCCGGGCAGAGGAGAAGCGGGCGAAUGAGAUGACAAAGGAGUUGUUGGCGGAGCUGGAUAAGAAGGCGGUGGCGCGGGAGAGGGUCCAGAAUAAGGAGAAGAGGGCGCAGGAGAUUGCAUAUGAGUUUCUGGCUGAGAUGGAUAAGAAGGCUGCCGCACGGGGGAAGAAGACGGAGACUUUCAACAAGACCAACAUCAAUACCGUCACCAACAAUAAGGAAAACAGCGACGGCAACAAAAAGUUCCAGUAUGGACGCAUGCGGAUGGACGAGAUUGAGGACACGUCGCGUCGGAAGCCACACAGCCAUCACCGCCAACGGUCGACCUCCAGAUCAGCGUCGCCAUACAGCUCCGCGUCCAGGUCCCCAUCCCGGUCUCCGUCUCCGUCUCGGUCACGGUCCCGGCCCAAGUCAGCAACAAAGUCCACCACCAGAUCAAGGUCACCAACAACUACGACGUCCAGCAGGAAAAGAAGUUCAACAGCAACCACAACAACAGCCGCAGCACAUUCAACAACAACGCGAGAUCGUCGCCGUGACUUGGAACCACGCGACAAUGGCUCAUCUUCAGGAUCAGUUCUAGGCUCCAAAAUGGACAAGUACUUUCAGGAAGGAUACGAUCCUCUCUUGGAUACCUAUUCUGGCGACGACGCCCUCGUCUCGGUAGUCAAAGACAAGGCCAAGAAGAAGGAGAAGAAGGAGAAGAAGGACACGAAGGACAGGAAGAAGAAGAGAAGCAAGCGGGAGAAGGAGAAGAAGGAUCGGAAGAGACACCGCCACAACAGCGACCGUGACUAUACCGAGAGUGAGGAUGAGUCGAGGAGGUCGAGCAGGAAGCGGAAACACAAGAGCAGCAGCAGCACUCACAAGGAUGACAAGGAGAGCAGAUCGCGUCUUUCAAACUCGUCGUCUUCAAAGAAGAAGUCGAGGCGUCGUCGUGACUCGGACUCAGACUCAGACUCGGACUCGGACGGCUACUACUCCUUGGACGACAAGCACGACCGCUCGAGGGAAAAGUCGCGCCACCACCGGCCGAGCUCCCAUCACACCUCGUCCUCCAAGAAGAGCAGUUCAAGCACAAAGAAACGGCACAGUGACGACAAGGUCGACAAGCACGGAAACUCGACCAAGAAGAGCAGCAGCAGUAGUAGGAGUAGCAAAAGACGACGAAGAGACGACACGCCGAGCAGCAGCGAGAGGUCAAGGUCAAGGUCAAGGUCUGACUCGUACUCAGACUCGGAGGAUUCCGAUUCGCGCUCUCGUUCUCGUCGUCGGAGUCGUGGACGUCAAGAUUCUCGCAGCAGUAGGAAACGUAGGCGGAGCUCUAGUCGUUCCGACUCGUCGCGCUCACGGUCACGCUCACGGUCGCGGUCUUUGUCUUCGUACAGCAGGUCUGGUUCUAUGACUCCACCACCACCCUCUUCAUCAACAACCAACAACGGGAAAGGGAACGACAACAAUGCACCUGCGCCAAAGCCGAUCACGAGGGAGUGGGAUCUGCACAAGCUCAACAAAGACGCCAUUCAGUUUCAGCACUUUAAAAAGCUCCCCAAACGCCAGACGUGA